UCUACUUCUACUCCAAAACUAACGCCCAACGUCGAGGAGCCAAAGAGCAGGACGGAGAAGCGCGACUCAUCGGAUCAGACAGCUUCUGUUUACACAAGCAAAGCAGCCAAAGAGACGGCCUUCCGACCCAUCUACUCAUCGGGCGGCUACUACGAGGCCGCCGAGAGUGGAACCAUCUUUGGGCCGACGACGGUGCGCUACACGGCAGCGGAUGCAGCGCCACAGAGCUACUACGAUAAGCCGGACAUACGGUAUGUGCCGCCCACAGCAGUGGAGCAGAAGGCAGCCCUGCCAGGUCCACUGCAGUUUGCACCACAGCAACAACAACAGCAACAGCAGCAGCAGCAGCAGCAAAUUCCGCAUCGAUUUAGAUUCGCAGUGCCGCCACAAGUGGAGCUGUAUCAGCGAGCAGUGACUGCGAAGUCGACGCAGAGUCCAAGCUACAGCUAUGUGGAGGCCGAGCCGAGCAUUUAUGAGCGCGCUGGCCCGCAGCAAUAUCAAUAUGGAGCAGCCGCUGCACCGCAGCAGCAUCUGCCAUUGCAGGGGCAUCGCGUACAGUACAUUAUCGCCAUACCGCUCUCAUAUAUGCGCCAGCUGCAGCAGCAACUGAGCGCCGGCCUCCUGCCAACGGCGCCCACUACUGCCGCGAGCAGCAGCAGCAGCAGCAGCACUACCAGCACCAGCACCAGCACCAGCACAGCAGCACCAACAGCAACAGUUGCCUCGGCUGCCAGCCAGCCCGUUAUGCAACUGCUCGGCCCAUUGGCACGCGACCAUCAAGGCAUCUACCGACCGUACUAUCAAUCGGACCUAGUUAGUGCGCCCUCGGCAGUGCCCACCCCGAUUGCAGCCUACGGGCAGCACUAUUUACAGAUACCAGCGAACGUAUUGCUAGCUGCCGCCCAGCAACUCCAGCAGCAACAGCAACAGCAACAACAGCAACAGCACCAGCAGCAACACCAAUUGCAAACUGUUUAUCCAAAGGUGGCGCCCACAUCUGCCGCUGCUCUCUAUCAGCCCCUCAUUUAUCAGCAGCCGAAGCUGGGGCCACUGCACCAGCCCCAGCCCCAGCCCCAGGCGCAGCCCCAGCUGCACCUGCAGCGCAUCUACCAGCAGACCCCAGCGACCUAUGUCGAGCAGCCAGCGGGUCAGCAAGGCACCUUGUACGCAUAUCCGCUGCACCAGCAACACCAACAGCAGCAACAGCAGCAGCAGGCGCGACUAUUGCGGCUAGGGCUUAAGCAGGCGGAGCAGCAGCAUAAAUAUGCGUCGGUGCCAUCAGCAGUAAGUCCAUCCGCCACAGCGCCAGCGACAACAGCAGCAACAGCAACAACAACAGCAACAGCAACAUUGGUGCUGCCCACACCAGCAGCACUGCACGGCCAACAGCAUCAGUCGUUGCCCAUCGUCCACUACAAUCCCAUUUAUGUGCAGGCGCCAGCCGAGCAGCAACAUCAUCAUCAUCUGCAGCAGCAGCAGCAGCAGCAGUUGCAACAGCAACAUCAAUUUGCAAUAUUGCCACGCUUUAGCAAUAAUAACCCGAAGGCGACAUACAAUCUGGGACAUGAGUCAACGCCACCAAUUCAUGUUGUUCGAUUGACAGCGGCGAACGCAUUAGGACACCAGCAGCCGCAGCCGCUGCACCAAUACCAACACUAUCACCCAAUGCUGCAACACCAGCAGCAGCAGCAGCAGCAACAAUUCUAUCAGAGCCAUGCUGGGUCCUUGGCCGGCUUUGCCGAGGAGCAACAGUCGCUGCAGCAGCAGCAACAGCACUCGGCGAGUCCUGCUGUAAUUCCAUAUUUUAGCCAUCCGGGCGCUGUGCAUUAUGGCACGCAUUUGUAUCAUCCGGCAGCUGCAGUGAGCACAAAGCAACAGCAACAGCAGCAACAACAGCAGCAGCAGCAGCAACAGCAGCGACUGGCAGCAGCGCCAACCGCAACAAGUGGAAGGCUGGCAGGUGACAAUAGCGCAGGUGCUGCUGCCAUCAAACAGACGUCAGCCGCUGCGAACAUUGUGAAAUAUCCCUAAGCGCUGAGCCAGACGGCAUCAAAGGCAACAGCAACAACAGCUGCAGCAACAGCAACAACAAUAGCAACAGCAAUAGCAGCAAUCAUUGCUGCAGCUACUCAUUUAAGACAGUCUUUGUGCAUGUGUGUCUGUGUGUGUAUGUUUAUCUAGGUGUAUGCUGUUUUUCA